AUGUGGGACCAAACUGGACUCGUUUGCUCUGAGGAGCUGCAGCCAAGCAGCAAGAAUUGCAAGCAGGAUUCUGGUGACAGGAAAAAAAGCAAUAAUUACACCAGUACACUUAAAGAAUUGGCUCAGAUGUUGCCCAUCCCUCUACGGACCAGCUCCAAAAGGUUGACAAAGAAAGAAAUUCUUCUCCGGGUUCUCCGGUAUAUUGAACACCUGCAGACAAGCAUUCAUAGUGCCAGAUCGCUGCUCCAAGUCCGCUGUGGGGAACAAAAAGCAGGAGGAUCUGAGCAGAUGGUCCCAUCUGCCCUGAAAAGAAGGAGAAAAGAAGCCACACCACGUGGAAAGAAAACUAAGCCUCCAGUUGUCUGCAAGAAACCCAGGAAGACGAGACGCAUCCGAAAAUCAGAGCGAAGAGGAGCAAGCAAGAAAGUGUGCAAAUGCCUUACGCUGGAUCCCGGGAAGGAUCUUUUCCAAGCUGGUGCACACAGGGAACAGAGCCUGUCCAAUGCAGAAGACGUGUCCUCCGUUCCUUCGCUCUCCCAAAAGCAGUGCCCUUUCCUCCCUCGCAUCCAGGAUCCAGGGCCAGGAUCUCACUGGCCUUCAAGUAAUAACUUUUGGGACUUCACCAAAAACAGAGACCCAUUUUGUGCUUCAGACUGGCACUUGGGUAGUGGCCAAGAGGAGAUCAAGGACAGAAGUGGGUUUUCCGCGUCUGUGGCACAAAUGGCUUACGAUGAGCUGCGCCAGCACACCGAGGGACCUGGGCGUUCGCUGAUGGGGCAGGAGCUGGUGUAUUAUUAUUCCUCCUGUGAGGAAGAAGAGGAAGAAGCAUCAAAGGCCAGUCCCUGGCUCUCCAUCCAGUCUCCUGUGGGCAUCUCCCAUGGUAAUAUGCUGCUGUGUUCUCCUGGUAUUGGGGCCCAAAGCAACACUUGCUCAGAUUUGGGGCUGAGCCCCUCUCUCUUCUCCUCACCAGCUCGGCUGCUCCCCAAGCAUGUCUUUCAAGAGGGUCAGGAGGAACUUUCUCCAGUAUUGUUUGAAGAUGUGUAUCUGUCCCCCCAUACCCUUUCAGGAACCCUGCUGAGAAAAUCGGCUUUCACACUGGACCACUGCUACCUUUCCUACAGUGAAAAGGGUAAAAGUGAUUCCAGCCCCAUGUCAACCACCAACGAGAUAUCUUCCUGGAACAAACAAUUCCAUCAGGAGGAGGCUGCCCACACCAGGCCGGAAUGCUUCAUGUCCUCAAGCGACGAGAACAGUGACAGCACCUGGACACCUUGCAAGAGAGUGAAGCCACUGCAGGCGUUACGUCAGAAGAAGAAAGCGGGAAGGAGGCAGAAGCGCCAGCCAAUGGCCUGUGACAAACGUAGCAAUGCAUCUCCCCUGCAGCUCAAGAAGAAAUGUGUCAAUGGCUUCAUCAUGUUCUGCCGCCUGAACCGCAAGCACUACAUCCGUGCUUGCCCAGGUAUGGCCUCCACAGCUGCUACGAGAGAGCUAGCCCAGCUGUGGCGCAUGAUGACGAAGCAGGAGCGGAAACCAUACUGCAUGAAAGCCCGGAGAUUCAGCCGCUUGAACAAUCGCAUUGUGAGGGAUGACUUCUCCAGUGACGAAGAGGAAGAUCUUGAGCCACCUAAACCUUUUCACCUGCUGUUGGCUGAGAAAUCCCUUCCUGGCACCCAGAACUUUGGGGACCUCUCUUUGCUUGAGCUCAUUCCCUGACU